AUGACAGCCACACGAUCCGCUAGCAUUUACAAAGCAGGCGAACUUGUCGCUUAUAAGCCUUUGGAAGGCAUUGAAGCGCGGUCUCAGGGAACUAUCCAAGAAGUUUUGACAAAGCCAAAGCAGGGCAUUGGUGGAAAAGUGAUGGGAAGCGCGACGGCCGACCACCCAUGCUAUUAUAUCACCAACGAACGCACGGGAAAGACUACACUGAUUCGACAUGCAGCCGUUGUCGAGCGUGUGAACAACGACGACCAGGAGUAG